CAUCAGCUGAUGACGGUAUAUAAUGUCAACCCAGUGCUUAGCAGGAAGUGCAUCUUGUGUUUAGCUGGAACAUGAGGAGAAGUGUUUUAAACAACUAGUGGGACACCAUCAAACCUUUUGACGGUAAAAAACAGCAGUGGGUGAUGGAGAGUUAUAGAAGAGGACGACCAUGGGGGAAGCUGGUCAAAGUGAACUCCAGUGAAACUGUCCUGCUCUUCAACAGGGAGUGCACAGUUGGCAGAAAAAAAGGAUGUUAUUUGUCUUUCCCAGCAAAUAAACUGGUAUCAGGCGAGCACUGUAAGAUUGUGCAGGAUGAAAGCUCGGGGUUAGCGUGGCUCGAGGAUAUGAGCACUAAUGGCACAAUAAUCAACAUGUCCAAACUGGUCAAGAAGCAAACUCACAUGCUGCAGAACGGCGAUGUCAUCUACUUUGUGUACAGGAAAAGUGAGCCGGAACAGAAUAUUGCCUACGUCUACCACUCAAUCAAAGCAGAACAAUCUAAUACACAACAAACUUAUGACAUGGAAAGGACGGCGCUCAGUGCUGCUCCUGUUUCACCGUCGGAGAUGUCCCUCUCCGUGGAGCCUGUGAUGCUCACAGCGGCUCCUCGUGAUCCAACUCAGGAGGAACCUCAGCCCUCCACCUCCUCUUCCCACUUCUGUAUCGGGAGCAUGACCACUUCUGGUGCCAUGGCAACUGCAGCCUGUCCUGCUUCUGGCCAAACUAGAGAUGCAGCCCAGGCACUGGAAAAAGACACAGACGACAUGGAGCCAGAAAGCAAGAGGAGGAAAACUCAUGAUGAUAAGGAUUAUGAUUCAGGCUCUCCACACACCUCUGGUACAGAAGUGGUCGCUUCAGUCCAGGGACGUUCUUUGUCCAAACCCCCGACAGAAGGAGCAAAAACGGACAAGAUGGAGGAGAGUUUGACAUGUGUCAUCUGUCAGGACCUUCUGCACGACUGUGUCAGCUUGCAGCCUUGCAUGCACGUCUUCUGUGCUGCUUGCUACUCAGGCUGGAUGGAGCGUUCGUCUCUUUGCCCCACCUGCCGCUGUCCUGUGGAGAGGAUUCGGAAGAACCACAUCCUCAACAACCUGGUGGAGGCCUACCUCAACCAGCACCCAGAGAAGUGUCGCAGUGAGGAGGACCUGAAGAGCAUGGACAGCCGUAACAAGAUAACUCAGGACAUGUUGCAGCCAAAAGUUGAGCGCUCAUUCUCCGACGAGGAGGGCAGCUCAGACUUCCUAUUUGAGCUCUCCGACAAUGACAGCGACUCGUCAGACAUCAGUCAACCUCUAGUGAUGUGCAGACAGUGCCCAGGCUACAGGAGGGACUUCAGUCAGGUGCUGUAUGCCACAGGUUCAAACUUCUGGCUCCCGGGUUUACCGGUUCCUCCUCCUCCACUCAAACCACCAAAUGAGGAGGUGCCUGAAAAGCCCACAGGGGAGGAGCCCUCAACAUCCUCCGAUAUCCCCUCAGCUCCUCAGGAUCCCAAGGAGUACCGCUGCCCCCCACAGGGCCUCCAUCUCAUCUGCACCUGCUGCCUCCAGCCGAUGCCAGACAGACAGGCCGAGCUCAACAGCCAGCAGGGUGUCGCUCAACAAUGUGUGCUGUGCCAGCGACCCUUCUGUCACAUGUACUGGGGCUGCCAGAGGAUUGGCUGUCAGGGCUGUCUGGCUCGAUUCAGUGAGCUCAACCUGACAGACAAAUGCCUGGAUGGUGUGCUGAACAACAACAACUAUGAAUCAGAGAUCCUCCAGACCUACCUGACCUCCAGAGGAAAGUCCUGGAGAGAUCUGCAUCAGGAGUCUCUGCAGAGCUUACAGCAGGGACAGUAUUAUCUCACAGAUGGUCGCAUCUCUGCGAACGCCGUCCUGUGCUUCUGCUGCGGCCUGCGAUCAUUCAAGGAGCUGGCCUACAAAUACAGACAGAGCAUCCCCUCAUCUGAACUGCCAGCUGCUGUGACAGCUCGUCCUGACUGUUACUGGGGGCGUAACUGCCGUACACAGGUGAAGGCACAUCAUGCAAUGAAAUUCAAUCACAUUUGUGAGCAGACGCGCUUCAAGAGCUGAGGAGCGGAGGGGUUUGUUUCUUCACCUGUGUGUCAAACUGAAGAGUGUCACACGAUGUUGUGACGUUCUGUUUUAUGUCCAUAUUAGAGAUCUGCCUUUCAGAUGUUAUGCAAAAACCCAACGCAGAAAAUACAAUCGGUAUCCAUUUACAAUAGUGACCAGUGUCCUGCUCGAUACGGGGCUGUGUGAAAUUAUGCUAUGCACACUAUCAUUGGAGUUGAAUUCAUGUUUACUUAAAGGUUGGAGCUGUUAUUGAGAGUUUAGACCUAGGGGGCAGGGAGAUGAGGGGGGGCUCCUUCACUCACCAAGUCUACCAGGUAAACAACCACCAACUGUCUGUGUUUUAACUUGUCAAAAAUGCUUCCUGAUACUUCCUUCAGCUUGUAUGGAAAAAAAAUCCUAAAUAGAGAUCUUGUGGUUCAAUUUGUACAGAUAAAGAUCAUUCACCUAAACAUGUUUGUAAUAUGUAGUUUUCUACCUUUUUGUAAUUGAGGGUAUAAACACAUGAUGUAUUCAGUC